AUGUUGUAAGAAUGAGACAAGUUUUAUUUCUUGGUUAAUGUGAUUGGCAAGUCAUGCUUUCGCACUUUUGAGUUUGUCCUUUGCUCUCACUGACGUGCCCGCCAUUGCUUGCAUCUUCAUGAAAGACUGGCUCAAGAUUUGUUGCAGUUGGUAGUUUGGUGCUCCUGAAGUACCAAGGUCAGAGAGAGAGAGAGAGCCAUGGCGCUCAAGAGGAUUCAGAAAGAGUUGGCGGACUUGGGAAAUGACCCACCAGCGAAUUGCUCUGCCGGACCUGUAGGAGAUGAUCAUUUCAAUUGGCAGGCGACGAUCAUGGGCCCUCCAGACUCGGCUUACCAGGGUGGAGUCUUCUUUCUGAACAUCAACUUCCCGUCAGACUACCCCUUCAAGCCGCCCAAGGUGCACUUCACCACGAAGAUCUACCACUGCAACGUAAAUUCGAAUGGGGCAAUCUGCCUAGACAUCUUGAAGGAUCAGUGGAGCCCAGCUUUGACGAUCUCCAAGGUCUUGCUCUCCAUCUCAUCUCUUCUGACAGAUCCGAACCCCAAUGAUCCUCUGGUGCCAGAGAUUGCCCAAGUCUACCUCAAGGACAGGGCCAAGCAUGAUGCCACGGCCCGCGAAUGGGUGCAGAAGUAUGCCAUGUGAGUACUUCAAUUGGAAGCUCGAUGGUAGAGGUAUGAUGAGGUUUGCUUGCCAGUCUUGCCCCUCUUUGCAAGAAGGAUUGGACACCAUUUUGUGAGCGGGCUGGCUGCUGUUUUUGCCUCAUUUGCACCGAAACCGCUUCUUUCCUUUGAGAGCUGGGAAGCCAAAA